UUUUUUAGAUUACAAAUGUUAUUAUUUGCUGAUAUGCGAGGCUCCGCUAGAGGAGGUGAAUUUCCCCCCGCAGCUCCGUGGAGGCCUAGUCUGAUUUGGGGUCCGUUUACAGCGGAGCCUCGUAUCGACCGGUUAUUGUGGCCUUUCAGAAAGCGGCAAGGGAAGCGAUGGUAGAUCACAAGCUGCUUCGCGUCUGUUGCUUUUUCCUUCGCGUGUCUUGUUAUUGUGUGAUGAUGAUAUGGGGACAAAACUACAGAUUCAUAUUUGUCAAUGUGGGAAAUAGCGGAUAAUAAUCUCGGAGGAAGCCAGGUUAGCUGGAGCUAGCGGUUAGCUGUUAGCGUCGCUGCCGAAGCUGACAGGCUAACGUCGGGGAGCUACGUCCUGGAAAAGACACAAAACCAUAAAAUAAACCUGCAGGGAAAAAAGCAUUUAUCCCAAGAAAAUACAUUUAGACGUUUUAACACCUUAAAGGACUUGUGCAAGGGCAGGUAUAGAACCCAGCCUCUCUGUGUGCUGGUUACCAUUUAUUAAAACACAUCCACCCUCUUCAGUUCAGCACUGAACCCCCCUUCAUUUCCUGAGAGCUGUAAAUUUGAAGGAUGACGGAGGCGUGGCAGCAGCAGCAGCAACAUGCAGUGGCUCCACCUUCGGUUGUGCACACACUCCCCCAGGGAACUGACAACUCUCUGGGCUGUACAGUGUAUGGAGUGGUCCUGCAGCAAGAUGCCUCCAUGCAACAGCCCCAGCACGGCCAGCAGCUGACUGUUCAAGCCCAGCAGCCCUCCUUGCAGGUAGGGGGCGAGAGAGGGCACAAGUGUGGAGCCUGUGGCCAUGACAUCUCUCACCUGGCCAACCCUCAUGAGCACCAGUGCAUGGUUAACCAAGACCGAUCCUUCCAGUGUACCCAGUGUAUGAAGAUCUUUAGCCAGGCCACAGACUUGCUGGAGCAUCAGUGUGUGCAGGUGGAGCAGAAACCUUUUGUGUGCGGUGUGUGCAAGAUGGGUUUCUCUCUGCUCACCUCGCUGGCCCAACAUCACAACUCGCACGGCAAUGGAAACAACCCAAUGAAGUGCUCCAUCUGUGAGAAAACAUACCGGCCAGGUUCCGGAAAUGUCACACCAACCUCGUCAGCUGCCAACCCCCAGCAGCCCUCCACUGGCGAGACGUCCAGUGACGGUGCAGCAAUCAGUGCCUCGUCUCCUCCUUCCUUUGAGGCCUCUGCACCAGACCGACCAUACAAAUGCUCAGUUUGCCAUAAGUCCUUCAGGCAUUUGUCGGAGCUAACCCGCCACGAGAGAGUGCACACCGGUGAAAAGCCAUACAAAUGUGAUACUUGUGAUAAAAGCUUCAGCCAGUCUUCACAUCUGGCGCAUCACCAGCGGACACACAGCUCCGAGCGACCGUACAAAUGUGCCGUGUGCGAGAAGAGCUUUAAGCACCGCUCUCAUCUUGUGCGGCACAUGUACGCUCAUUCAGGCGAGCACCUUUUCAAGUGCAAUUUGUGUGAAAUGCACUUUAAGGAGUCAUCGGAGCUCCUGCACCAUCAGUGCCAGCCAGAAGGGGAGAGACCUUUCCGCUGUGGUUCUUGUGGAAAGAGCUUCAAACGCCCAUCUGAUCUGCGGCAGCAUGAACGCACGCACUCAGAGGAGCGACCUUUCCAGUGUGAGGAGUGCCAGAUGAGCUUCAAACAGCAGUACGCUCUAGUACGCCACCGACGCACACACAAAAAUCCAGCUGAUCGCCCCUUCAAGUGUAACCUCUGUGACAAAGGGUUCCUCCAGCCGUCCCACCUGCUUUACCACCAGCAGGUUCACGGCAUGGAAAGUCUGUUCAAGUGUGCGUCCUGCCAGAAGUCUUUCAGCCAAUCAGGAGAACUGCUAAGGCACAAAUGUGGCGGUGAGGUGGAAAAGCCCUACAAGUGCGAGGUGUGUGGCAAAGGCUACAAAAAGAAUUCAACGCUGCAGCGCCACCAGAACUCUCACUGCACAGAGAAGCCGCUGAAAUGCUCCCUGUGUGACAAACGCUUUGUGUCUUCCUCCGAGUUUGUUCAGCACCGCUGCGACCCGACCCGCGAGAAGCCACUGAAAUGUCCCGACUGUGAAAAGCGCUUCAGGUACUCAUCCGAGCUGCAGCGCCACCGCCGAGUUCACACGGGGGAGAAGCCUUUCAAAUGUGCCAGCUGUGACAAGAGCUUCAAGCAACGCGAGCACCUGGCCAAGCACCAGAGCGUGCACUCGCGGGAGACACAGUUUAAGUGUGUGUGGUGCGGGGAGCGUUUUGUUGACCUCACAGCUCUGCAGGAGCACACAGUCCAGCACACUGCUGAGGGGGAGAGUUUCCCUGAAGCACAAUGCAUCCCAUGAACUGAACUGCUCUUCACUCCUGGGGAGCAAACAUGACAUUCACCCUCGAAGCAACUUAUGCCAGCCUCCGCUCCCCCAUUUGUAGUUUAUAACAAACAACCAUUAAUAUUGUUUAAUGUUUUUGUUGGGUCAUGACUGAAUUCAUCCUCAUUCUUUGUUGUUUUAUUACUGUCAAUAACCGUCUUAUUUUGGAACACAUGAAAAAACCAGAAUGAAAAAGGUGUAACAAUAUGGGAAGAUCUGGGUUUUGUUUGGUGCGGGACAUUAUGUGGUUGCUUGUGAUCGUCUGUUUUGUAACUGUUGAUUCUGUUGUCGGGAAUGAUGGAAAGAACUUGAAACUUGUGUGUGUGUGUGUGUGUGUGUGUGUGUGUGUGUGUGUGUGUGUGUGUGUGUGUGUGUGUGUGUGUGUGUGUGUGUGUGUGUGUGUGUGUGUGUGUGUGUGUGUGUGUGUGUGUGUGUGUGUGUGUGUGUGUGUGUGUGUGUGUGUGUGUGUGUGUGUGUGUGUGUGUGUGUGUGUGCGUGCGUGCCCUGUGCCUUUUUGUACCGAUUCAUUCUGUGUUUUUUUUUUUGCGUAACGUCACGUACAGUUUAGCCGUUAAUUCCCUCCCAUCCGUAUACAGCGGCUGGCUUGUGCAGCAGUAUCUUUUCACAUAUUAGAACUUAGGUAGUAUCAUCUGUUUGUGCAUGAAUAUUUAUCACACUUUAAUAUCACUGUUGUAUUAUAGGUUUGGUUUAUUUAGGAAGACAUCCUAAGAAGAAAAAAAAAGUGGAUUUGUGAAAAUGUAUAGCCCGUGUCCUAUGUGUUGUUGCAUCUUUGUAUUAAAACAAACGACAUCUAGGUAA